AUGGAUAAUCGACAAAUUGUUCGGUUCUUUAUGAUUGGUACAGGUGGUGCUGGUAAGACAACUGUGAUACGACAAUUGAAGUGCUUAUGCAAGGAACGCUCAAGGAAUUAUAAGGUUUUCGACCGAGAAUGGAAUGAAAUCCCAGUCGAUAGAAUAUUUUCGGAUGAAGAGAUGCACAGAUUCCGGAAAAUCAUUCGCAACAAUAUAAUGACAGCCGUUUAUAACCUCAUUCAGGUAAUACAAAGAGCAAAAACCGAGAAAUUCCAGAUGAAAAUACCAGAGUUUAUGCAGCAGUGGUUAGCAGCAGAUAGAGAAGGUUAUAUGAACUUCAUCCUUUUUGUGACAUCUAUGGCUGAUUUUAACGUACAAGAUGAGGAAGAAGAGAGUCGAACAGCAAUGGAACGCAGCAUCAGAAUACUCGACAACUGUGGACUUUUGAUAUUUUUCAACAAGCAAGACGUAUUUGAUGAAGUAGUGACAGCGCUAGCAAAGACAGAUGAAGGUCGAGCUGAAAUCAUUGGACGACUAAAUAGUUCUUUGACAGAAGGUAUAUCCUAA